AUGCCGGCGUCGGCGCUAGCCCUGGACAAGGCGGCCACCGCCGCGCACCUCAAGGCGGCCCUCAGCCGGCCGGACAACCGGGCGGGCGCUGAGGAGCUGCAGGCACUGCUGGAGCGUGUGCUGAACGCCGAGCGGCCGCUGGCCGCGGCGGCGGGAGGCGAGGAGGCGGCGGCGGGUGGCGGGGGCGGUCCGGGGGCGGCCGAGGAGGAGGCCCUGGAGUGGUGUAAGUGCCUUCUGGCGGGCGGCGGCGGCUACGAGGAAUUCUGCGCGGCGGUGCGGGCCUACGACCCCGCGGCGCUCUGCGGCCUGGUCUGGACAGCCAACUUUGUGGCCUACCGCUGCCGGACGUGCGGCAUCUCCCCCUGCAUGUCGCUGUGCGCCGAGUGCUUCCACCAGGGCGACCACACCGGGCACGAUUUCAACAUGUUCCGCAGCCAGGCCGGGGGCGCUUGUGACUGCGGUGACAGCAACGUGAUGCGGGAGAGUGGGUUUUGCAAAAGACAUCAAAUUAAAUCGAGUUCAAAUAUUCCCUGUGUCCCCAAAGACUUACUGAUGAUGUCUGAAUUUGUUCUUCCAAGAUUUAUUUUUUGUCUUAUUCAAUACUUAAGAGAAGGCUAUAACGAACCAGCAGCUGAUGUACCAUCAGAAAAAGAUCUCAACAAAGUCCUUCAGCUUUUGGAACCUCAAAUUUCCUUUUUAGAAGACCUAACUAAAAUGGGAGGAGCAAUGAGGUCUGUUCUUACUCAGGUUUUGAUAAAUCAACAAAACUACAAAGAUCUGACUUCUGGUCUUGGAGAAAAUGCUUGUGCAAAGAAAAGUCAUGAAAAGUAUCUUAUAGCGUUGAAGAGCUCUGGGCUUACAUAUCCUGAGGAUAAGCUUAUAUAUGGUAUGCAGGAACCAUCUGCUGGCACUAGCACUCUGGCAGUUCAAGGUUUUGCAGGUGCAACAGGACCCUUGGGACAAGUAGAUUCUUCUGAUGAGGAGGAUCAGGAUGGGAAUCAAGGUCUGGGCAAACGAAAGAGGGUAAAGCUAAGCAGUGGCACCAAAGUGUUUGGUUGUAAAGUUUUAAUUUGUAUUAAACCUUUUUAUAAUCUGGAGUAUCCAGUUUCUGGAGUGGAAAAGGACCAGCAAGGGAGAGGAUCCCGAGCUUUGGAUUUGUGUCAUGGAUUUCCAGUCUUACUGUGGCCUACUUUCUGGGUCAUUGCGGUUGCUUUUACAAAAACUUUUGUUCAACAUUAUGCUUUCAUUAUGAAAACACUGAAGAAAAGUCACGAAUCUGAUACUAUGUCUAACAGAAUUGUGCAUAUUAGCGUUCAGUUAUUCAGCAAUGAGGAGCUAGCCAGACAGGUAACAGAAGAAUGUCAGCUGCUGGAUAUUAUGGUCACUGUGUUAUUAUACAUGAUGGAAAGUUGCCUUAUUAAAAGUGAGCUACAAGAUGAAGAAAAUAGUUUACAUGUGGUAGUAAACUGUGGAGAAGCAUUACUGAAGAACAACACUUACUGGCCUCUCGUUAGUGAUUUUAUUAAUAUUCUUUCUCAUCAAAGUGUGGCUAAGAGAUUUCUGGAGGACCAUGGUUUGUUAGUUACAUGGAUGAACUUCGUGUCUUUCUUUCAAGGUAUGAACUUGAACAAGAGAGAGCUAAAUGAGCAUGUGGAAUUUGAGUCUCAGACCUACUAUGCUGCCUUCGCUGCUGAACUUGAGGCCUGUGCACAGCCAAUGUGGGGGCUCUUAUCACAUUGUAAAGUUAGGGAUACUCAAGAAUAUACCCGAAAUGUUGUUAGAUAUUGCCUUGAAGCUCUUCAAGAUUGGUUUGAUGCUAUUAACUUCGUAGAUGAGCCAGCACCUAACCAAGUCACUUUCCAUUUACCACUACAUCGUUACUAUGCCAUGUUUUUGAGUAAGGCUGUGAAAUGUCAAGAACUAGAUUUGGAUUCUGUUUUACCAGAUCAGGAAAUGUUAAUGAAGCUAAUGAUUCACCCACUCCAAAUUCAGGCAAGUCUUGCUGAAAUCCAUAGCAAUAUGUGGGUAAGAAAUGGUCUGCAAAUCAAAGGACAAGCCAUGACCUAUGUACAGUCUCAUUUCUGUAAUUCUAUGAUUGAUCCUGAUAUUUACCUGUUACAGGUCUGUGCUUCUAGACUUGACCCAGAUUAUUUUAUUUCAUCUGUCUUUGAAAGAUUUAAGGUAGUGGAUUUGUUGACAAUGGCAUCACAACACCAAAAUACAGUACUUGAUGCAGAGCACGAGAGAUCAAUGUUAGAAGGCGCUCUUACAUUUCUUGUGAUUCUCUUGAGUCUUCGUUUGCAUUUAGGAAUGUCUGAUGAUGAGAUUCUCAGGGCAGAAAUGGUAGCACAGCUGUGUAUGAAUGACAGGACACAUAGUUCAUUGCUGGACCUUAUUCCAGAAAAUCCAAAUCCAAAAAGUGGCAUUAUUCCAGGCAGUUACAGUUUUGAAACAGUUUUAUCAGCUGUAGCUGAUUUUAAGGCUCCUGUUUUUGAACCUGGAGGUUCUAUGCAACAAGGCAUGUAUACACCAAAAGCUGAAGUCUGGGAUCAGGAGUUUGACCCGGUCAUGGUCAUUCUUCGAACAGUUUACCGUAGAGAUGUGCAGUCUGCAAUGGACAGAUAUACAGCAUUUUUAAAGCAGAGUGGAAAAUUCCCUGGAAAUCCCUGGCCCCCUUAUAAGAGAAGGACAGCACUCCAUCCCAGCUAUAAAGGUCUCAUGAGACUUUUGCACUGUAAAACUUUACACAUUGUGCUAUUCACUCUGCUUUACAAGAUUUUGAUGGAUCAUCAAAAUCUGUCAGAACAUGUUCUCUGCAUGGUUUUAUAUCUGAUUGAAUUAGGACUUGAAAAUUCUUCUGAAGAGGAAUCAGAUGAAGAGGCAUCAGUGGAUGGACCAGAACGUUGCCAUGACAGUUGGUUUCCUGGAAGUAACUUAGUAUCCAACAUGCGACACUUUAUAAACUAUGUUAGAGUCAGAGUUCCAGAGACAGCUCCUGAAGUAAAGAGAGACUCCCCUGCAAGUACUAGUUCUGAUAGCUUGGGUUCUUUACAAAAUUCUGGUACAGCUCAAGUUUUCAGCUUAGUAGCAGAGCGUAGAAAGAAAUUUCAGGAGAUCAUCAAUCGCAGUAGCAGUGAAGCAAAUCAGGUGGUUCGUCCCAAAAGUUCAAGUAAAUGGUCUACUCCUGGUUCAGCUCCACAGUUAACUACAGCCAUUUUGGAAAUAAAAGAAAGCAUAUUGUCUUUGCUAAUUAAACUUCACCACAAACUUUCAGGAAAACAAAACUCCUACUAUCCUUCUUGGCUAGAUGACAUAGAAAUUUUAAUCCAACCAGAAAUUCCUAAAUAUAGUCACGGAGAUGGUAUAACUGCAGUAGAAAGAAUUUUACUAAAAGCUGCAUUGCAAAGCAGAAUGAACAAGCGCAUCAUUGAAGAGAUAUGUAGAAAAGUGACCCCUCCUGUGCCGCCCAAAAAAAUCACUACAGCAGAGAAGAAAACAUUGGACAAAGAAGAAAGGCGACAAAAGGCUAGAGAGAGGCAGCAGAAAUUGCUUGCAGAGUUUGCUUCACGACAGAAAAGCUUCAUGGAAACUGCAAUGGAUGUUGACUCUCCUGAGACUGAUACUCCUAUGGAGAUAACCACAGCAGAACCACAAGUUUCCGAGGCAGUAUAUGAUUGUGUUAUUUGUGGACAGAGCGGCCCCUCCUCCGAAGACCGACCGACAGGAUUGGUUGUACUGUUACAAGCAUCUUCAGGAAUCCAGGUAACGGGAGGCAGACAGGCCCCACACCCAGAUGUGGGAGGCGCAGGGGAAGAGCCGUGGCCAAGACAGAGCUGUGGGAAUCCAGAUAAGGGAAACAGACAGGUCCCAUACCCAGACAUGAGAGGCAGGGAAAGAGCUUGGGCUGAGACAGCCAUGGGAAUCCAGAGUUCCUGUCUUUUGGCAGUAUCAAUUGGUUGGGAAGGAGGUGUUUAUGUACAAACCUGUGGCCAUACAUUACAUAUAGAUUGUCAUAAAUCUUACAUGGAAUCAUUACGGAAUGACCAGGUUCUUCAGGGCUUCUCAGUGGACAAAGGAGAAUUCACGUGCCCUCUCUGUAGGCAGUUUGCUAACAGUGUUCUUCCUUGUUAUCCUGGAAGCAAUGUGGAAAGUAACCUUUGGAAACGUCCUAGUAACAAAAGCAUGCAAGAUCUCAUAAAGGAAGUGGAGGAGCUGCAGGGACGGCCAGGUGCUUUCACAUCAGAAACCAACUUAAAUAAAGAAAUGGAAUCUGUAAUGAAAGAUAUCAAAAAUACCACUCAGAAGAAAUAUAGAGACUAUAGCAAGACCCCGGGCUCACCGGAUAAUGACUUUCUCUUUAUGUACUCUGUUGCUAGAACCAAUUUGGAACUUGAAUUAAUUCAUCGAGGAGGCAACUUGUGUUCAGGUGGUGCAAGUGCAGCUGGCAAAAGGUCUUGUUUGAAUCAGUUGUUCCAUGUAUUAGCCUUGCACAUGCGGCUCUAUAGCAUUGAUACUGAGUAUAAUCCCUGGAGAAAACUCACUCAAUUAAUAGAAGGCAUGAAUUCACAGCUAGGGAAUGAAGAACAGCUUGAGGUUCCAAUUUUUUAUCAUGAUGUUACAUCCCUUUUGCUCAUCCAGAUUCUAAUGAUGCCACAACCCUUACACAAAGACCACUUUACCUGCAUUGUGAAGGUGCUUUUUACACUACUCUACACACAGGCUCUUGCCUCACUUUCAGUUAAAUGUAAUGAGGAAGACAGGUCAGCUUGGAAACACAUGGGAGCUCUCAAAAAGAAUACAUGUGAUGCUGAAAAGACUUAUGAAGUGUUAUUGAGCUUUGUGAUAAGUGAACUAUCUAAAGGGAAGUUUUACCAUGGAGAAGGGACUCAGGAGUGUGCAAUGGUUAGUUCUGUUGCUUGGUCUCCUGAAUCCAUGGAAAAGUACUUGCAAGACUUCUGCUUACCUUUCCUCAGAGUCACCGGUCUUCUUCAGCACCACCUUUUUGGAGAGGAUUUACCUAGCUGCCAGGAAGAAGAAGAAUUUUCAGUUCUUGCCAGCUGCCUGGGACUUCUGCCAGCAUUUUACCAAACGGAACAUCCAUUCAUCAGUGCCUCCUGUCUGAAUUGGCCAGUUCCAGCAUUUGAUAUUAUAUCUCAGUGGUGUUCUGAGAUAAAUUCAUUUACUGAAAGACAUGCAGAACAAGGAAAGGCCUUGCUUAUCCAAGAGUCAAGAUGGAAGUUACCACACCUUCUACAAUUGCCUGAGAAUUAUAACACCAUUUUUCAGUACUACCACAGAAAAACCUGCAGUGUCUGCACCAAGGUUCCUAAAGAUCCUGCUGUGUGCCUUGUUUGUGGUACUUUUGUAUGCCUGAAAGGACUUUGCUGCAAGCAACAAAGUUACUGUGAAUGUGUAUUGCAUUCUCAGAACUGUGGUGCUGGAACAGGGAUUUUCCUUUUGAUCAAUGCAUCAGUGAUUAUAAUCAUUCGAGGCCACCGCUUCUGCCUCUGGGGUUCUGUGUAUUUGGAUGCGCAUGGAGAGGAAGACCGGGAUCUUAGGCGAGGCAAGCCUCUCUAUAUUUGUAAGGAAAGAUACAAAGUUCUUGAACAACAGUGGAUUUCUCAUACCUUUGAUCACAUCAAUAAAAGAUGGGGUCCACAUUAUAAUGGGCUGUGACUCACCACCUCAGCAUUGCAUCAUAUCAUUUUCAUUAAGAAUUUACUUUUAUCAACAAUAAGCUUUAACUUAAUUUGGACGAUUAAUGUUUUUGCUGUGGGAAGAAAGAAAACAUACAUUCUGAAGCUUUUCCAAAAGUAGGUACUUGGUAACCACAUUAAUGGUAUGAUAAUUAAAAAAAAAAAAGUCUUUGGAAAACGUAACAAGAAAAAGUUUAAUCAUUCUUUAGUGGUCAUUUUUUUUUUUUAGUCCACAAUUAAUAAGAAGCACAAUUUGUUCACAAGGUCAUACAGAAAUAAUUCUCCCAACAAUGCAUAUCAGCUAUUCAUUGAUACUUAGAGUGAGUGUGAUUUAUUUGACAUUUUACUGCUUCUUUUGUGUGUUUAAUUUGCAUCUGCUAAACAUAUUGCAUCUUUUUCCUCUGCCAUUGUUGUGUUGAUUUGAGAUUUUUGCUGUAUGUAAUUAGACAAAAUGUAAAACAUGAUUUAUGUGAAAUAUUGUAUAGUAAAAGUUGGUCUAAUAGUAGAACUUUGAAAUUUUUUCUUAUUGUGAGAAAUCUGUUAAAAGUUUAAGGCUUUGCUGAAAACUUAAUUCAUUCUCAGGAAUUUCAUAAAUAUUUUCCCCAAGUAAAUAAUUGAAAUAGUUGUAAAAUAGUAGAUAGCUGCUGUUAAUAUAAUACAGUUCAUUUUGGGGGAUAUAUAUGUGGUUGGGGGUGUCCUUAAAAUUCAUAAUUUUCCAUUUCAUUUGGAUGAAUUACCAGCAGUAGCAACAAAUAGAUUUCACUAUAAAAUCAAAAGUUUUAAGAGCAUACACAGCAGAUUUUGAUUCUGUGCAUGCCCAUCUUUUAUUACCAACUAGAUUUUUGUUUAAAUGAUUAGAUUGGAAAUAUGCAGACUUCCCCACAAAUGAAACAUAAUUUUGAAAUUUUCUGUCAGCUCAAGAGGUUCAACUAUAUUGUAUUUGUGCAGUGUAAUCAAUGUUAUUUCUGCUUGGUUUCCUACAAUGGAAAAAAGGCUCAGUGGCAGUGACCCUCAUGAACGAGCUGUGCAUUUGCAUUCUUUUUAGAAACUGCUGUGAGAAACAAUUUAUGUGUGUAGGGUUUUAAAAUCAGUAAGAAUGAGAAUGAUUGAGUAAAACCUACUCUAUAAGGAGGGAAGGACAAUUACAGCAUGUUAUAUAUUGCCACCAAGAUUUUCCCCCCAAGUAAUUCAAUGAUUAUAUCAUGUAUAGUGCUAUUGAGCAAUUCCUUGAAUUUUGGACUUUCAUGGCUUGUUAUAUAAAAUUACAUUUUUAUGUAUAAAAAUAAGGUAAAAGACAUCUAAUGAUAAAAUAAAGUUAGAUCCAUGUUAUAAAAAAUUAUUGAAUGACAUGACAUUACUGAUAUGAAAAUGGACAUUACGUGAUGGCCUGGCAUUAAAACAGGGAAAGCAGAGCAGUACAUUUUCAAAUGUGUUCAAAAGUUAAAAAUCUACCUGUAGCUCUACAAUAAAAUACAUGCAAAUAGCUUGAUAUUUUUAUAUACAUUUCCAAAAUAUUAAAAUAACUUUCUGUAGGACUUCAGUAAUUCUGUUUGACUAAAUAGCGGUCCUUUUCAACACAUUGCUACUUUUUUAAAUACUGUAUCAUAAGUUCAGGCUGUCAUUUUUUGCAUUGGUCAUUAUGAAUACCAGACCAUUUUGUAAGUGUGAUUGAAAAGCAAAAUGCUAAUUUACAUCUCUAGUAAAUUCUGUUACAGGAUUCAUGAACUUGAUUAAUUCUACAGUUUGAAACUCUGAUGCUAUAUAUACAUGAUAUAAUGUAUUUCAGACUUUGAUUACUACAUAUUUAAAAUGGAAUGUUUUAUGGUUGUGCAUAUGGAUGUGAAGUGAAAAUAUUAGCCUUAACUUUAAAAUUUGGUAUUUGAUAGUGUUUAUUUUGAUAAUGGUGAAUUAGUCACCAGUAAAUUUUAAAAAAAAGCACUUGGUUGAAAAUUGUACUUGAAUACAUACAUGCAUGCUGCUAAACUAGAACUUUAAUUUUUUCCCCAUAACUUUUAUAAGUCCCAUUUAUAAGCCCACUUUUAAAAAAUAACAGGUCCAAGUUAGAGUGAUGUGUGUAUAUUAUUCAAAAAAUGUACUGGUGUGAUACCUUGUAUGAAUGAUCAUUUAAAUACAGUACAUUACUGUAGAAGCUAAAUCAAUCUUUAUAAUUAAGGAGAAAUUACAAAACUAGGAAUAAUGAACAUUGUAAGAUAUGUUAAUAAAAACCUACUGUCAUUUGGUUUGUGAAAGG